GUUUUCGUCUUGUGCCGAUUUGUCAGUUUGUGUGUCUUCUUUACCCAGUAUACCGAAUGGAUUCCAUAUUUUGAUAAGAACAGGUCGGAUAUAUUUGUGGAAAACCCACAGUACAAAUGGAAUAACGAUACAGGGAACGCACACCAUCUCGGUUGAGCAAUUUCUAAUUCGAAAUUUCCAGUAGUUUGUCUCUUUGGAACUUUAAUCCGGAAGUGAGGUGUGAACUUAACUUUACCUGUAAACCAAGACGCCGAUUCGUUCUUUUAGUAAGUGAAUUCCAAUCGAUAAAGAUUAUUAGUAUCGUGUAAAACAAUAAUGCGAUAAAACGAAUGACUGGAUUGGAGUAUAUGUUCUUGAAAUCUGAUGACAGUGGUCAUUUAAUAUUAUUUUCACCAGACAUUAAUAUUGUUUUCACAUAACAUGUUUCAGAUUGUAGAUUCUGUCAGAGUUGUCGUUCUUUAGUAUUUCACAUGCGCAGACUUACUACUUCCUGUUUGCCAUGCAGUUCCUCUACGUGGAGACGAAACUUCUGUCAAGUUGUUGACUGAUUGCAAUGGCUAAAGUUAUAGGUUUUAUCUCCUGUCACUGAAUACAUAGGGAGCAUGUCUGGUCCUUGGAAGUUUAUUGUGGAAGAAAAAAAUCGUUGUUAUGAGUAGAGGGUAUACGAGAGGGGCCAGCCGGGAUUCACUGCUGUCAAAGAAAACUGACAUCCAGUUCUCAUCCGGCCAGAUUCAAAAUGUCAAGUCUUCGAAAGUUUAUGUGUUUGGGAACGACGCAGUUGUUCAGGACGAUGAGGAGGAGUAUGAAUUGGAAAUGUCCGAAAUCAGAUCGAGGCGUGGAAUAUCACAACCUUCACGCGAAAUGGUUACGGAAAGUGAACCUUCAUUCUUCGACAAGGAGCUCGCUGAAGGCGACACGCUGCAGAAAAUUGCCCUACAGUAUUCUUGUCCAGUGUCAGAGUUGAAGAGAAUAAAUAAUUUGAUUCGGGAUCAAGACUUCUAUGCUCUGAGGAAAAUAAAAGUGCCUAUCAAGAGAUUUGGACUGUUGUCAGAAGUUAUUGAAGAGGAGAAAAAGAAAAGUUCAAGAGGAAAGUUUUCUAUGGAACUCAACAGUACAAGUUUCUCUGAGGAAACUGGCCCCCUGCUGGAUAACUACGAAGACCCUGAGUCCUCCCAUGACCUCAGUGACCCCGACACACAGAUGAAAAUCAUCCGGACUUUGAGUAUACGAGAUAAUAUAAACUCCCAAAGCAGAGAAGCUGAGAAUUUUCUUAAAAGCAUGGAUAAAGAUUUGUCUAAAAUGAAACAAUCUCGAGGUGAUCGCAACUCUCUUGAUGAAGUCAUAUCAGUGCUAACAAACAAAACAUUCUACCCUCUUGAAAGGAAGAAAUCCCAGGCGUACAACGGAGCAGACUGUGGAAUGUCACACCGCACGAUCAUAACAACCAUUGUUGUUCUCUGUAUUGUGAUUCCUAUCAUAUUCGGAACUUUGUAUUAUUUCAACGGACAUGUAUGAAUGAUGGCGAUGAGCUUUGUCAAAGCCAUGAUGUAGCAGAAUUACCAAUGGGCAGGCAAAACACAGAAUGACAGUUAGUGAGUUACUACUGUGAAAGUGAAAAUGCCAGGUUGUCAGGAAAGGGAUGAGUGGUUCUCAGCUGUUUCCUGAGCACUGUUGGACAUUUCCAGGCAAAAACAUGAUUAUUCAAAACAUGUCUGCUUAUGUGAAGAAAUAAUAACAUACAAACAUAUCUAAACAAAAAAUCUUAGUUCAGAAAGUUUUGAGAGUCUUCCUUCAAUGAAUAUUUGCUUGUUAGAUGCUGCUACUGAAACUUCAGUGUGAAUGAUAAAGGCUGAAUGUUGUAGCAUCAGUUCUGGUAACGCUUACUUGACUUAGACUUAGGGCUAAGUUACAGUCUUUGUCAGCUGCAGUAAGUAAAUUAAUUCUGUUUUUGUCAGUGUUACGUCCAAGAUUUAUUAUUCCCUGACAGAAAGUAGAAUGAACUUACAUCAAGACAUGUUAGUUGAGUGAGCUUCUCCUAAGAAACUGCUGGAAUUUCACAUGUUUGUUGGCGCCAAUGAUGGCAUCCCAAUUUGUGCAUCCUGUAGACUGUUCCUGUGGACUGUUCCUACACGUCCUCAUGCAGUCCUCUGCAUCUGUUGUUAAUGUUAUUCGGACCUUGCUUCUGUGUUUUUUACCUCAAGCAACUCUUUACUUCUAGCUCUAUGUUUCCGCACAUAUUUAUAUACGAUCUAAUCACUAGUUGCCUGGGGACACUACAGUCAUGCGAGACAGAGGUGAAAAAUGUAAUGAUUUAUUGUGGUCUUCAUGCUUGGUUGUUGAUGGUUUUGACAAAGUUGGUGGUUCUGCAACUUCUGCUGUAUAUAAUGUACAUGUUCUCUAAGUCUACACUGUAUAUUGUUGUAAUAUAGGAUGGUGAAAGUUUUAUGUCCAUUACUGAAGAAAACAGCUGUGUAUGUGCUUCAUUUCAGUUUGUGUGGGAGUGUUUUAACUUGACGGGCAUGUCACUAACAGCGGUGAAGAAGAAGUGUUUGAGAUUAAGAAUGAAAGUCUUGGUGUCCUUGUCAUUUCUGUACAGUUAAAACUUAAAGGGAUCCUUACAUUUAAAAACAAUACCAGAUAGCCUUGCUUGUGGACCCAGGAUUGUCCUCAUAUUUUAAUUGUGAAGGAUUAUCAGUUUAUGAUAUGAAGGUCAUCAGAAGAUUGAACAUGGCAGUGAUACCAUCUGAUGUAUGGUCAUCCUCUUCUAAAGGCUGUAUAUAUUUUGUAAUUCUUUGUUUAUUGAUAAUUUACACAUCAUUGAAAUGCUUGAUAGCUGUGUUCAGCAGUCAGUGCCUUUAAUCACUAGCCCCAUCCCUCAUUCUACACAUUUUAGCACUGGUGAUCAGACCCAAUCUGUUUCCUGUGGUCACAGACAGCCCAGCCAUCUGAGGUGUCACAAUUUGCCAUGAAGAGUUGCAUGCCUUAGAGGUGCAGGUCCAGCUGUGAUCAUAGGUUCAGACCCCACAUACUCCAUUACUGAUCUGUCUGCACCAUGCCAAUGCUUAUGAGAUUCACAGAUUUAUGUAAAAUGUCUUGGACCCUACGUUACAUUGUGUUUUCCUCCCUGUUAAGGCAGGUAUGCUGUGAUAUGACUUAAAUACUCUUCAAAACAAAAUUAAAUCCAACUCCAUCAUUCAUAAGUUAGGCAUGUUUAAUAUCAAAAUCAUUCUAAAAACUGACAUUGAAAGAUAUUUUCCAGCUAGUACAAAGUAGGCUAAAAGUGUUUAGCACGGCCUGUUUGGAAUAUUUCAUAGUUGGUGAAGACUUGCCUAAAUAUUUUGGUGACAGGCAAGUUAGUGACAUGGUCUGGUACCAGUGGUGAGCUAGCUGAUGAUCAUACAUCCAUGGCUGCAAAACAUGCCGGUAUCAUUACCACCUGUACAUAAUUCCUGUCUGGCCGUGUUUCAGCUUCCCUGGCUGGUGUAACCAGGCAUCUCAUCGGAGAGAGCCAUCUUGUCAAUGACACUCACUGGGAAAUGGCAAGGGGGGAUAAAGUAAAUGGCAAUUACAUCUGUGCUGAAUAUGUGACUAGUCUGUGACCGCAGCCGCUAUUCCGAAGCCUGCAUCUAGUUUGUUUCAGUGUUAACUCCAUGUACUAACACCGAGGGCUUGCUCAUUUAGUGUUCCACCAUGUUAUUCCUGUAAGUGAAACUUUACUAAUUACAUUUUGAGGACAUAUUUAUCAUGCUUGUCUGUGUAUUUAUUUCAAACUAAUCUAUAGGAGCAUUUUUGAACAUUUUUAAUAGGCUCACAGUCUUUUUUACCUUUUGUCCAUUAGAACCUAUACGGUAAUGAUUUCAUGUCUGCAUUCUUGUGAAUGCAUCCACUAGGUUGCUUUUGGUAUUGCCAUUUCAGUGAUUACGAAAAUGCAGAAUGACUGUUUUAUGAACACAAAGAUAGUGCUGUUUUACAGGUUUUACUUUUUCUACAUUGUCUGCUGUAUAACUUACAUCAUGUUUACCCCAGAUGUGAAAUCCCACAAAAGGAGCAUCUAAAAUAUUUCUGGCUUUACAAAGUUGCACUAUAAAAGUAUAAAUGAUGUGGUUGCUCAACAUUGCCCCUGUUCUAUUCAAUGAUGACAGUUUUGUGUUGAGCAAGUUAACAGGGUCAGGUAUCCUGGCUCAAUAGUAAUGUCAAACAGGACAUAACUUGAAUCCAUCAUUUGAAUAGUGCUUCUUAUUUUUCAGACAAGAUAAUAUCAGAGUGUUUUCAUCCACUUCAUGUAAUGAACUAUGCACUUGCAGUAAUGGUCAGUUGUAACCAAAGGUGUGUGGAGGUAAUACUCAUAUGUGUGUAUGCGUGUGUGAAUACACGUGAGAGCAAGCCAACACAUUUUGUUUACUCCAUCCUAAAUUAUGUGUCUGUUCAUAUCCUGUGUGGCUCUCUCAAAGUAUAUAACACAACUAUGUGACUUCAUCAAUUAUCAUACACCUAAUGCUGUGCCAAAUAAAAUAUUCAGGUACACAA